AAAUCACACCUAAUCAGGAUUCCCUAAAAUUUAUUCCUGGGAUCCCGGUAAUGCCGGACAACGGUACAGCAGAAUUUUUAUCAGGGAAUUCUGCAUCAGUUUCACCUCUUGCCAAAAAGCUUUUUCAAAUUGAAGGAGUUCGUGGGGUAUUCUUUGGACCAGAUUUUAUUACAAUUAGUAAAGAUCAAGAUACGCCAUGGCAACUGAUGAAACCGGAUAUUUAUGCAAACAUUAUGGACUUCUUUUCUUCGGGUCAACCUAUUCUAAUGGAAUCACAACCACCUUCAGAUACUGAAAUCAAAGAUGAUGACCCUGAGGUGGUGCAAAUGAUCAAAGAACUAUUAGAUACUAGAAUUAGACCCACUAUACAAGAUGAUGGUGGCGACAUCGAAUAUCGUGGGUUUGAGGAUGGAACUGUAAAACUAAAAUUAAAGGGCGCCUGUAGAUCCUGUGAUUCUUCAGUAGUGACUCUCAAAAAUGGGAUUAAAAACAUGUUAAUGCAUUACAUUCCUGAGGUCACCGACGUAGAACAAGUUUUGGAUGAGGAAGAAGCUAUUUCACAGAUUGAAUUCGAAAAGCUGGAAAAGAAAUUGCAUGAGGUGUAG